UUGGGGGCAGGGAGAGCUAAGUCUCGCGAGACAUAGGUCCUGCGCGCGAGCUCACGCUGCCUACCGACCGUUAUUUAGCCGUUAGGACCCAGGCACGUGCCUCCUGCCAAGAAGCGUUCCGCCUGGCUAUGCGCGGGUUCUGAGAGAGUUCCAUCCGGGAAGGAGAAGAUGGAGAAGCAGAAGCCCUUGGCGCUGUUCCUGCCGCCGCGGCUAAGCAGCAGCCAGGGGUCGCAGGCGGGGAAGCCACAGAGCGCGGCCGACUUCCUCCAGAGGUUCAACAAAUGUAUUGAAGAUGAGUUUGGUUUUCCAUUUGCAGUAACUCAUCUCUCCAGAAAUGGGGAAAACCUUGAUUCAGAUCCUGCUUUACGAAAUGUUAACUGUUUGCCUAUGCUUGAGCAGGUUGAUAAUUCUGGCAGUUGCCACUAUCAGGAAGGACUAAGAGACUCGGAUUUUGAGAAUUCAGAGCCCAUGAGCAGAAUGUACUCAAAGCUAUAUAAGGAAGCUGAGAAGAUUAAAAAGUGGAAAGUGACUGUAGAAUCUGAACUGAAGCAGAAGGAAAAUAAGUUGCAAGAAAAUAGAAAGAUCAUUGAAGCACUACGCAAAGCUAUUAAGGAGCUGCAGUUUGAAAAUGAAAGAGUAAGUUUGAAAUUAGAUGCAGAAAUUCAAGAAAAUAAAGAAUUAAUAAAAGAGAAUAAUGCUACAAGGCAUUUAUGUAAUGUUCUCCAGGAAUCAUGUAAUAGAUCUGUGGAAAAGACAAAGAAAUAUGAAUAUGAACGGGAAGAAACCAGACAAGUUCACAUGGAUCUAAAUAAUAGCGUAGAGAAAAUGAUAGUAGCUUUUGAGGAACUUCGUGUGCAAGCUGAGAAUUCCAGACUGGAAAUGCAUUUUAAGUUAAAGGAAGAUUGUGAAAAAAUACAGCACCUUGAAGAAGAAUACAAGAAAGAAGUAAAUGACAAGGAAAAUCAGGUACAUCCAUUUUCCUACGAAUGUCUCAAAUAUGUUGCGCUUUAUAGUAUUCCAUUAUAUACAGAAACCACAUUUUCUUUAUCUAAUUGUCUAUUAGUAUCACUACUGUUGAUCCAAAGUACUGAGAAAGAAAAUAAAAUGAAGGAGUUAAUAUUUCUGCUAGAAGAAUCCAGAGAUAAAGUUAAUCACUUAGAGGAAAAGACAAAAUUACAGGAUGAAAACUUAAAAGAAUCAAAUGAGAAGAAGAAUCUUUUGGCAUCUGAACUAGAAGAUAUUAAAAUGUCCUUGCAAAUAAGUGUGAGUACUCAGAGGGUUUUAGAAGAAGAUUUUCAGAAAGCAACAAAAGCAGCAUGUCAACUUACUGAAGAAAAAGAAGCUCAAGUGGAAGAACUGAAUAAAGCUAAAAUUGCUCAUUCAUUUGUGGUUACUGAAUUUAAAACUACUAUCUGCAACUUGGAAGAAUUAUUAAGAACAGAACAACAAAGAUUGGAAAAAAAUGAAGAUCAGUUGAAAACACUAACCAUGGAGCUUCAGAAGAAAUCAAGUGAGCUGGAAGAGAUGAUUGAGUUUAAAAACAACACAGAAGUAGAAGUUGAAGAAUUAAAAAAAGUUGUAGCAGAAAACCAAAAGCUUUUAGAUGAAAAGAGACAAAUUGAGAAGAUUAUUGAAGAACUGAAAGGAAAGGAACAAGAACUAACUGGGCUUUUACAAAUCAGAGAGAAAGAAAUACAUGAUUUACAAAUACAGUUAACUGCCAUUACUGCAAGUGAACAGCAUUAUUCUAAACAGAUUAAAGAUAUGAAAGCUGAGCUUGAAAAAGAGAAGCUUAAGAAUACUGAAUUAACUAUAAAUUGCACCAAGCUGUCACUUGAGAACAAAGAACUGGCACAAGAAACAAGUGAUAUGGCCUUGGAACUCAAGAAACAGCAAGACGAUAUUAGUAAUGGCAAAAAGCAAGAAGAAAGAAUGUUGAAACAAAUAGAAAAUCUGGAAGAAACAGAAAUACAAUUAAAGAAUGAAUUGGAAUCUGUGAAAAGAGAACUAAAACAGAAAGGGGAUGAAGUUAAAUGUAAAUUGGACAGGAGUGAAGAAAAUGCUCGAAGCAUUGAAUGUGAAGUUUUAAGAAAAGAUAAGCAAAUGAAGAUACUAGAAAACAAGUGUAACAAUUUAAGGAAACAAGUUGAAAAUAAAAGCAAGCAUAUUGAAGAGCUUCAGCAGGAGAAUAAGGCCUUGAAAAAAAAGGGGACAGCAGACAGCAAGCAAAUAAAUGUUUAUGAGAUAAAGGUCAGUAAAUUAGAAUUAGAACUAGAAAGUGCCAGACAAAAAUUUGAAGAAAUGACUCACAACUAUCAAAAAGAAAUUGAAGACAAAAAGUUAUCAGAAGAAAAUCUUUUGGGACAGGUUGAGAAGGCAACAGUAAGAGCUGAUGAAGCAGUAAAAUUGCAGAAGGAAAUUGAUAUACGAUGUCAACAUAAAAUAGCUGAAAUGGUAGCACUUAUGGAAAAACAUAAGCAUCAAUAUGAUAAGAUUGUUGAAGAAAGAGACUCAGAAUUAGGACUUUGUAAGAGCAAAGAACAAGAGCAGUCAUCUGUGAGAGCAUCUUUGGAGAUUGAACUAUCUAAUCUCAAAAAUGAACUUUUGUCUAUUAAGAAGCAACUUGAAAUAGAAAGAGAAGAAAAAGAAAAACUCAAAAUAGAGGUGAAAGAAAAAAAAGACAAGAAAAUACAGACAUCUUCAUGGGAAGCACCUGAAACUAGUUACAGGAAAUUUGAUUCUAAAGCAACUCCUUUACAAAAUGUAUCUCGAAACUUCUUAUCAACUGAUUAUGGUAAAUCCAAAGAUAAAAGAGACUAUAUGUGGACUUCUGCCAAAAGCAAUUUAUCUACACCACUACCAAAGGCAUAUACAGUGAAGACUCCAACUAAACUACAAUUACAGCAAAAAGAAGAAAAGAAUAAACCCAUUGAAGAAAAUAGUAAAAAGAGAAAAAUCUUUGAAUUUGAUGUUAAUUCAGAUAGUUCAGAAGCUACUGAUCUUUGGAGCAUGGUUUCUGAGGAAGACACGCUGAAUAGACUGUACAAAAGUAAUAGUCCACCAGUUUCUCAUCUUUGUGUCAGAACACCAAAAAAGACUCCAUCUCUGACAACUCCUGGAUCAGUGCUUAAUUUUGGACCUGUGAGGAGAAUGCAAGAUGACCGUUGGGCUGUAAUUGCUAAAAUGGACAGGAAAAAAAAACUAAAGGAAGCAGAAAAGUUAUUUGUUUGAUUUAAGAAAAUCAAUAUGACAGUGAAACCUAAUAAUAUCAAAUUAAUAGUUAAUUUUUUUCUUUUCCAAGAGCCAAACUUUACUGAGAUUAGUACUUAAAAAAUUUGUAUUUUUCAUAUUAUUUUGUAUUUUGGCCUGAAUGUAAAAGGCAAUCUGGAAACUUGUUAUAUUCAGAUAAUUUUGUGAUAUUUUGUUACUGUUGUCUGUAUUAAUACUAAGUUUUCAGAUUUUUAGUUUUGAAUGUAGGAAAUGAAUUAUCAAGAUUUAUUCUUUAUUCUUUUCUAUUAAAAUAUUUUGGAUGCAAAUAAA